AGGCAAUGAAUGACAUCGCCGCCGAGAUGAUGGGAUCGUGAUCUGAUGUGACGAGUUGACAACACUAUAACUCAGGAGACUAACUCACAAGGGCCAUAUCAGUGUGACAACUGCGUGUCUCGGAAAUCACGCCAGAACCAAAUCAUCACCUUUGUGACUCUGUCAACUCUUUGUUCACGAGGCAUUCUUGGCCCACCAUUACACCCAACACCAACUGUCAAGAUGGCUCCUGAACCCCGUGCACGGCUAGAGGUGCCCAUCUUCGGCCCAGAUGACGGCCCAUUGGCGGUCUCACUCGGAGCCAGCCGCCUUGAGCUCAACCGAGCCGGAUCCUACGCCCUCGGCGGAACAACCCCCACCCUCGCCGAGCUCACCACCCUCCUCACCUCCCUCACUCCCACCCCAAUCUCAACCUCAACCCCAACCUCCCCAAACCACACCCAAAGAGUCCCAAUCCGCAUCAUGAUCCGCCCCCGCGGCCCCCCUCCCACCAUCACCAUCACCACCACCACCACCACCACCACCACCCCCUCCUCCCAAAACAAGCCCCAAAACAACUCCUCCCAAACCACCCCCCAAGACUUCAUCUACACCCCCACCGAGCACGCCACCAUGGCAUCCUCGAUCCGCGAGUUCGCCACCUCAGGCCUGCUCUCGCCCGCCCUCGGCGACGGGUUUGUGCUGGGCGUCCUGCGCCGCAGCAACGAUGAUGAUGGCAGGGUUGUAUUAGAUGGGGAGCGGCAUCGGGAGCUGGUUGGGUACGCGGGUCAAGUGCCAUGGGACGUUAUCUCAACGGCAUACAGCUGCCACCCCCCCGAAGAUACCCCCCCGGGCCAUUCAACCAUCCUCGAAAAGGCCAGCGAAGCCUCCGACUCGUCCACGAGGCGCCACGUUGCAGCGAGCAUCCCGCUCACGUAG